AUGAGAAUGAUACCACGUAAACGCCACGAAGCAAUGAAUCUUUUAUCUGGUGGACCAUCUGCCUGGAUCAGGGCGCUUCCGCCGCUGCUGUUUUGUUUAUCAGGCCUGUCUCACGGUCAGAUUUCGUACACCAUCUCGGAGGAGGUGAAAAAGGGAACCGUGGUUGGGAAUAUAGCCAAAGACCUCAACAUUGACGUUCAGGAGCUGCAGUCUCGCGCGUUUCGGGUUGUAGCUGGAUCUAAUCAGAAGUAUUUUGAUUUGAAUCCGAAAACUGGCGCUCUGUUUGUCCACGACAGAAUCGACAGAGAGGGGCUGUGUGAGGCCAAGCAGAGAUGCUCCCUCAACAUUGAGCUCAUGGCACAAAAACCUAUUAAAAUUUAUCGCGUUGAGGUAAGCAUUACAGAUAUUAACGACAACUCGCCGAUAUUUCCAACGCAAAAGCUAGUGAAGAACAUCACCGAAAACGUUGUAGCUGGAGAUCGGUUUGCUCUGUCAGCAGCCCGUGACAUGGAUGUCGGUAUAAACGGUGUAAAAAGCUACACUCUGAGCACCAAUGAACAUUUUUCUCUGGAUGUACAAACCUACGGACAGCAGAGUCUUUCCCCGGAAUUAGUGUUGCAAAAACCUUUAGACAGAGAGAAACAGUCGGUAAUAAAUCUGAUACUAACUGCGGUGGACGGGGGAAAGCCUCCCAAAUCUGGGACACUUGAUAUAACAAUUAAUGUUUUAGAUAUAAAUGAUAAUAAUCCCAUAUUCAGUAAACCUCUGUAUAAAAUUAAGAUACAAGAAAAUGCAUCUUUCGGAACAAAUAUUUUGUCCGUCACUGCCACCGACUCUGAUGAAGGUCUAAACGGAGAAAUUGUUUAUUUACUUGUAGGUCAAAACGAAAAUUCAGCAUCGGAUUUAUUUUCUAUAAAUAGCGUGACAGGAGAGAUAAAAGUUAAUGGGAAUAUUGAUUAUGAAGAAACCCCCGCGAUAGAGUUAAGAGUACAAGCGCAAGACAAAAGCAUCUCCCCAAGACACAGUAAUUGUAAAGUAUUAAUUGAAGUAGUGGAUGUUAAUGACAAUGCACCAGAGAUAUCAGUUACUCUACUCAUGAGCUCCGUAAGUGAGGACAUCAAACCUGGCACAGAUGUAGCUUUAAUCAGCGUAUCAGAUAAAGACAGUGGAACGAACGGUAAAGUAAACUGUAAACUUCUAGCUCCGAGUCCUUUUAAACUACAGUCAUCAUACAAGAACUAUUAUUCACUUGUUGUGAAUGAAGCUCUGGACAGAGAGCAGGUCUCAGAAUAUAAUGUGACAGUUGUAGCUAAUGAUGAGGGAACUCCUUCCCUCUCCAGCAGUAACGUUAUAACAGUUCAUGUGUCUGAUGUGAAUGAUAACGCGCCUUUAUUUACUGCACCGGUGAUAAAUAUCAGCGUGAAAGAGAAUAGUCCAGUUGGAGGGCUGAUGACGUCACUAACGGCUCGAGACUUAGACGUCGGUGAAAACGCGAUUGUUUCGUAUUCAUUAAGUGAUACAGAGAGCAGCAGAGUGUCAAAUCUGAUGAACAUUAACUCACACACCGGUGAACUGUACAGCCUGAAGUCUUUCGAUUACGAAGAAACGAAACGACUUCAGUUUAAAGUUCAAGCCACUGACUCUGGUGUUCCUCCGCUAAGUAGUAACGUGACUGUGAACGUUUUUAUCCUGGAUGAGAAUGACAACAGUCCAGUUUUUCUCCCUCCUUAUUCUGAACCCGGAUCAGUAAACAGUGAGAACAUUCCCUACUCUGCUGAAGCGGGGUAUUUUGUGGCUAAAGUCAGAGCUGUAGACGCUGAUUCAGGUUAUAAUGCACUAUUAUCAUAUCACAUAAACGAACCAAAGGGAACGAAUCUCUUCCGAAUCGGAACCAGCACCGGAGAAAUAAGGACUAAAAGACGAAUGAGUGACAACGACUUAAAAGCUCACCCGCUUAUCAUUACUGUCUCGGAUAACGGAGAACCUUCACUGUCCACAACUCUGAGUAUUGAAGUUGUGGUUGUGGAAAAUAUGGACAGUCUGCAGCCUUCACUAAGACAAGUGCCAGUAAAGGAGGAGAAUUUUUCUAAUCUGAAUCUCUAUCUGCUCAUCGCUAUUGUCUCGGUGUCCGUGAUAUUUUUACUGAGCCUCAUCGCUUUAAUAGCAGCUAAAUGCUACGGGACAGACGGCGGUUUCGGCAGGUCCAGCGUUCCAGUGGUCACUACACACCCUGACGGGAGCUGGUCUUACUCCAAAUCCACACAGCAGUAUGAUGUGUGUUUUAGUUCAGACACGCUGAAGAGUGACGUAGUAGUUUUCCCCUCGCCGUUUCCGCCUGCAGACGCGGAGCUGAUAAGCAUUAAUGAAGGAGACACUUUUAACAGGACACAAACUCUUCCAAGUACUGGGAAGGUAAGACGAUGUUUAAUUUAG